AUGCACGGCCGUGGUGGACCUCCCUACCAGUCCAGGGGCGGCGGCGCAGGGUGGAACGGCGGCGGCGGGCGGGGAGGAGGGGGAGGAGGACGAGGACGCGGUGGUGGUGGACGCGGCGACUUUGGAGGGCAGCAGCAGGGUGGAGCACCUCGUCAACAGUCUCCGCCGCGCCCUGUCCAGCCACCCACGACGAGGCCCGUCACUGUCGCCGCUCAACAGGUCACUCUCGGACAGGCAGCUAUGCCUGAGCCCCUCACUCGCCCGCACUACGUUGUGCCCGAACCGGCGAACUCCCUCCAGCUCAGCACCAACUGCUUCGACUUGACCGUCUCGAACAAUAUCGACAUCAUCGCCGACGACCGCAUCGACGCCCAGGGAAAUGUCCGCCCUCCUCGCGGCGCGCCCCCCAAAAGCGUCCUCCGACUCGUUUGGCAGGAGCUUGAGCGUCGCGAAGCGGCGAACCCGACGCACUUCGGCGGAAUCCGUCCCGCUUUCGACGGGAGGGCGGCGGCCUACACCAACAGGCCUUUGCCCGACCCUGGCAACGGCGUCAUCCGCAUCUCCGGCAUUCCCGCCCCCGACCGCCCUCGCAUGACCUUCACGGUCACGAUCUCCAACGCCAUCGAUCUCCCGCUCGCCUCGCUCCGCUCCUACUACCUCGGCACCGGCAGCUUCUACUUUGGCGAGGUCGCCGAGGCCCUCCAAGCCCUCAACACCAUCAUUUCGCAAGGCCCGUCCGCCGAGUUCUUCGGCACUCGCACCUCCUUCUUCCCGACCGAUUCGGCUGCGCGACGCCUCGGAGGCGGCAUCAGGAAGGAGAGCGUUCGCCUCAAUGGCUACAUCGAGCUUCUGCGCGGCUGGUUCCAGAGUGUCCGCACUUGCGAGCGCGGCCUGCAGCUGAACAUCAACACGACGUCGACCGCCUUCUUCCAGCCCGGUACCAUGGUCGACUUCGCGGCGGCCUACUGCGAGACGAAUGGGAGGAACGUGCGGAACGGCCUCAACGCCCUCAUCGUCGGUCGCUUGGACGGCCAACUCAUGACGAGCAUCAACCGACUCGUCUGCAAGAAGAUCGAGGUGACGGUCCGUCGCGGACAAGGCGCGCCUCCGCUCAAAAUGAAGAUCCGUGGCCGCGGUAUCCUCGACAAGCGCCCCCGCGACCACCUCUUCAUGACGGACGUGGGCGAGACCAACGUCGAAGAGUACAUGGAGAAGCACUUCGGCGUCCGCCUGCAGUACCCCGACUUGCCCCUCGUCGAGGUCCGCCCCACCACUGUUUAUCCCCUUGAAAUGCUCUGGAUCGACGAGGGGAACAAGUACCUCAAGCGUCUCUCGCCGCUUGAGCAGGGCAAGGCUUCGGACUUCGCCACUCUCCUCCCUCCGCAGAAGCUCGCCGCCAUCCUCAGCGUCCGCAGGGACGUCUACCGCACGGUCGUCGAGCCUCACCUCGCGAGCUUCGGCGUCCAGAUCGCCCCGGUGCCGAAGGCCAUCCAGGCUCGCGUCCUUCCGCCGCCCGCAAUCGAGUACAAGGACUCGACCUUCCGCCCGGGCGACAAUCGCGAGAAGCAGUGGACGCACGUCGACCCGGCGAACGGCGAAUGGAGAAUGAACGUGAGGGGCAGCUUGGCCGCCGAGAACUUCAUUGCCGGCGCAAGCCUCGGCUCGUUCGUCGUUGUCGUCCCCUCCGAGCGCGACGUCCAAGCUGUUGAGACCUGGCUCGACGCUCUCUUCCGCGGUGCCCACAGCUUCGGCAUGAACCUUAAGGGCUGCCCCUCGCUUCCGUUCCCGCGUGACGUCUUCUUCGUCCGUCGCCCCGGCACCGACCCCGCGCGGACCGUCAACUCUGCGGUCGAGCAGGCGAGGAGUCUCUUCGGGAGGACGCCCGACAUCAUCUUCUGGCUUUUCACCGAAGCCAACUCGCCCGACUACAGCGAGUUUAAGCGCUCCGCGACCUGCCAGGGAAUCGCCAGUCAAGCCAUCCAGCAGUCGAAGCUGCGCACGACGGGCGUGCAAAUGAUGAUCAACUGCGCCUUGAAAAUCAACGGCAAGCUCGGCGGCCACAACCACCGUCUCGACCGCGACACCGUCGGCGGCUUCCUCCGCGAGAAGACGCCGAUGAUCUUCGGCGCUGACCUCACGCACGAGCCGGAUCAGCCCUCCGUCGCCGUCGUUGUUGCUUCGAUGCACAGCGCGAACGUUCUCUACGAAGAGGCCAUCGCGGUCCAAGGACUUCUCGAGCCGACGCCUGCCGCCGCCUCCGCGGGUGCCCGACCCAAGAAGCAGGAGAUGAUCACGAACCUCGAGGAGAUGGUCUUGUUCCUUCUCCGCCGCCGCGCCCUCUCCCUCCGCGCUCUCCCUCCCGUCUCGAUGUUGAUGUUCCGCGACGGCGUCUCCGAAGGCGAGUUCGCGACGGUCAUCGCCGUCGAAGUCGACGCCUUCCACAAGGCCUUGCGCCGCUUCAAGACCGACGACGAGAUGCGCAAGCUCUUUGGCCCGGCGCUCGAUGCAUGGAACCCGAAGCUCACGGUCAUCGCGACGGUCAAGCGUCACCACAUCAGGGCCUUCGUCGACGGCAGGCAGGUGUCGAACAUCCCGCCCGGCACGUUCUUCGACAGCGGCGUCACCGACGCGCGUAGCUUCGACGUGUACGGCGCGGCGCACCGUGCCUUGAUUGGGACUACACGCGCUACUCGCUACAUCGUGCUCCACGACGAGCACGGCCUGUCCACCGACGACGUCCAGCAGAUCGCCAACUCGCUCUGCCACUCAUACCAGCGUACGAACAAGGCCGUCUCCUUGCCCGCGCCCGUCUACUACGCCGACCUCAUCGCGAAGCGGGUCCGCCCGUGGUUCCUCCCGCACGACGACACGAGGUCCUCGUCCGGCCACAGGGACUCGACGCGCCAGUCGAGGGAGGCGGACUUGGUCGGCGCGAAGGCGAGGCUGGACGACACGGUCUACGGGAGGAACGCCUUCCGCGGCGAGAACAGCGAGAGGGCGAAGCGUCCGCCGGCGAUGUGGUGGCUCUGA